UCACAUUUUUCAAACAUAGAAACCAAAAUACACUUGCCUCGUUUUUCAUUCACUAACAACGUCGUAGAAGCUCAUAUAUAUACCCUUGUCAACACUUUCAUUAUCAAAUCAAAUACCCAUUUCAUUCAUUCACUUUUAUCAGAAACAGAAGAAAAGAAAAACGGUUACAGAAUUUUCUUCCGAUCUCCAACAAUGGCUCCAUUUCUUCGUUUCUUCGUUUCUCCUUUUCGCCCGCCAAAACCAAAAUCCGAUAACGCUGAAGCAAUCGCGAUGAACUUCGUCAACGAGCAAAAUAGGCCGCUGAAUGCGUUGCAAAAGUUUAAGCCUAAGCCGAAGAAAACGGCGAUACAGAAAGCGUUGAAUUGUCUUGAAAAAGAAGAGCUUAAUCAGAUGAAGAAAAUGAAUGCUGAUUUGCAGAAGCAGUUUGAGGAACAGAAGAAGGUUAUUUGUGAGGUUGAAGCAGUAGGACAUAUGUUGAAGAUUCCAGUUAUUGUUGAAACUGGUGUAUGCAUCAGUCGCCAGACUCAAAAUUCUAAAAUGCGGGACAAGCCAACACAAUCUGCAUUGUCCGCUGUCCAAAAUUCCCACUGGAGCGAGAAACCUGCUAGUAGUUCUUCAAGAUCCCAUCACGAAUCAUCAGGGAAAUCUAGUUGUUCUAGUGACUGGUCAUUUAAUCUUGAGAAGUACCGGUCAGAAGCGCAAAGGCUUCGCGAACGAGUUAGAGAGCUUGCUGAUGCUGAAGAGAAUGUAUCACUUCAAAGAGAAAUUUCCUCUUUUAGUGAGAGGGAAACAGAAAGCAAAAGUGUAAUGACACAUACUGACCAACAGCACAAGGUGUUGACUAGUAAGGCAGAAAAAAUGAAAGGCGAGAUUCUGGGUUUGCCGCAAAACCUCUCAGAACUACAAGACAGAUGGAAGAUAGCUGAAGUAACAAGGCACUGCCUUCGAAGAAAUUUUGAAGAGAAUGUAAAUGACAUAAACAAAAAGCAGAUGCAUUUGAUGAGAUUAAAUAAAAUAGAAUCAGCCUUGAGAAGGGAGUUGGAAUCACACAAGUUUGAGGAGAUUCUGGGUUUGCGGCAAAGGCUUCACGAACGAGUUAGAGAGCUUGCUGAUGCUGAACAGAAUGUAUCACUUCAAAGAGAAAUUUCCUCUUUUAAGCAAAACCUCUCAGAACUACAAGACAGAUGCAAGAUAGCUGAAGUAACAAGGGACUGCCUUCGAAGAAAUUUUGAAGAGGAUGAAAAGGAGAUUCAGAUUCAAAGACUAGAAAAAGAAAAGAAUGAGAUGCAGUCAGCGUUGGAGAAGGAAUUGGACAGGAGGUCAAGUGACUGGUGGUCAAUUAAACUUGAGAAGUACCAGUCAGAAGAGCAAAGGCUCCGGAAACGAAUUAGAGAGCUUGCUGAACAGAAUGCAUCACUUCAAAGAGAAAUUGAAAAUAGAGGUUCUUGGUUUGCAGCAAGACCGCUUAGAACCACAAGACAAAUGCAAGAUAGCUGAAGUAACAAGGGACUGCCUUCGAAGAAAUUUUGAAGAGAAUGAAAAGGACAUAAAAAAAAAAAGCAGAUGCAUUUGAUGAGAUUAACAGAAAUAGAAUCAGCCUUGAGAAGGGAGUUGGAAUCACACAAGUUUGAGGAGGACUCUCUUCGCCAAGAAAAUAUAACAAAAUAUAUGGACUCAAAAGUGGAACUGAGGGGUUAACAAGGACUUUGCAGAUGAUGCCUUCUUUGUUGAAAGAAAAGUCAAAUUUAUUGACUAUAGACGAUGAUAUGUUAGCAAAAUUGAAUAAUCUGUCCCAGAGGUAAUUUUCCUCUAUAAACUUUUCUUUAAUUGAAUUUUAGAGGAAUAAACAUUUGAAAUGCUCUAUCCUGGGAAUGGAGAUAGAUAUAUGUCAUACAGUAAUAUGAUGGACUAUAUGUACCAAAUUGUUUCUCAUCCCACUUUAUCAAUUCUUUUUACAAUAUUGUCAAA